UAUUUGUUCCAUGUUUUUCUCUGGUUUCCUGAGAAACUGCUGGUUUCAGUUUACCCGAGUCAGCAUCAAUUAUAAUCUUUAUAAAAUCAGGUAAAAAGACAAUCAUUGAUUAACCAGCAUGACUGGACUGAACAGCUUGAAGGUUGCGAAAAUAUUUAAGCUAGUAAACAGCAUUUAUGACAGCUGAAGAUUAAAUGACGGAGUGGGAGAAGGAGGGAUCCAGCUGAGAAGAUCUGAACUAGACGGGGAACAGCAGAAGUUCUGUCCAGUCUGUGGAACUCUCUAUUAAGUUGAAGAGAAAAAAAUAAAAAAAUGUUGAAGCAGGUUAUUGUAGCGUCACUGUGGAUCUGUUCUUUUGACCUCGGCUUGGCUCAGGACGCCCACUUGAACAGGGCUUACCAGCUGAUGUCUGAGACCCCACUCAUCGACGGCCAUAAUGAUCUGCCUUGGCAGCUUCGAAAGCUGUUCAACAAUCAGCUCAACAAAGUUGAUCUUAACAAACUGGAAACAACGCACACCAACAUUCCUAAGAUAAAACAGGGGCGGCUCGGUGCACAGUUCUGGGCGGCCUACGUUCCCUGUGAAACUCAGUACAAAGACGCGGUCAGACAAACGCUGGAGCAAAUAGAUGUGGUUCACAGGAUGUGCGAGAAGUAUCCAGACACCUUCAAGUUCGUCACCACGAGCCAAGGCAUCUUGGAUGCCUUCGAGGAAAAUAAGACAGCGAGCCUGAUCGGCGUGGAGGGAGGGCACUCUAUUGACAGCAGCCUGGGUACCCUGCGCACCAUGUACCACCUGGGGGUCCGCUACCUCACCCUGACACACUCCUGCAACACACCCUGGGCAGAUAACUGGCGUGUUGAUGCUGGAUCAGACCCGGUUCAGAGCAACGGCCUGUCACCUUUUGGAAAGCAACUGAUCGUUGAGAUGAACCGUCUGGGGAUGCUGAUCGACCUCGCUCACGUACCGGUGUCUGUGAUGAACCAGGCCCUGGACCUGUCUGCAGCUCCGGUCAUCUUCAGUCACUCUUCGGCUUACGCCGUGUGCCCACACAGCCGGAACGUCCCCGAUGAGGUUCUCCUCAAAGUGAAAGAGAAGAACGGAAUCGUCAUGGUGAACUUCUACAACGAUUACGUGACCUGCAGCCAGAAGGCCAAUAUCUCAGAUGUUGCUGAUCACUUUGACCACAUUAAAAAAGUGGGCGGGGCUAAAAUUAUUGGCUUUGGCGGAGAUUAUGACGGAGUCACCAGAGUGCCAGACGGUCUAGAAGAUGUGUCCAAAGUGCCAAAUCUGGUGGCUGAGCUGCUGAGGAGAGGCUGGACGGACGAAGAUGUCAAAGAUGCUCUUGGAAACAACCUGCUCCGGGUCAUGAGCGAGGUUGAGAGGGUCCGUGAUAACAUGAAGAACCAGGUGCCGGAUGAUGUUCCUAUUCCGUACGCCGAGGUGGAGAACCCCUGCAGGACGAGCUUCGGUUACACAGAUGCUGGAGCUGCUCAUUCAGUCAGCACAGCAGCCCUUCUGCUCCCUCUGGCUCUGCAUGUUUCCAUGUUUACCAAUUAAGACGCUCAUCAGAGCUGAUAAAACUGAGAUGUUCAAAUCCAUAAAAUGUUUUGUAUCAGCUGGUUUUAUGAUAGAAAUGUUCUUCAAUUUUGUUGUUAAAAAAAAGAAUAAAGUGACAAUCUGUAUGGAA